AUGGCUGUCACUGUCAACGCACUCUUUAAGAAAUCCGCUCCGGCUCCGGCCAAGACGGUCAAGAAAACCGCCCCGGCGAAGAAGGCGGUCCCGGCGAAGAAGCCAACUCCGGCGAAGAAAGCACCGGUGACGGUCAAGAAGACGGUCAAGAAGGCCGCUCCGGUCAAGACGACGGUGAAAACCGCGGACUUGUCCAAGUGGUACGGCCCGCAACGUAAGUUGUACCUCCCGUCUGGUCUCUUGACGACGGCGGACAUCCCGUCCUACCUCGACGGUAAGUUGGCCGGUGAUUACGGGUUUGACCCGCUCGGUUUGGGCGCGGACGGUGCCAUCAAGCAAUAUCGCGUCGCGGAAGUCAUCCACGCCAGAUGGGCUAUGUUGGCCGUCCCGGGUAUCGUCAUUCCGGAAGCGCUCAACAUCGCCGGCGGCGACUGGAGAGAGACCGGUAAGGUGUUUUUGGAAGGUUCCACUGGCAGAUUCGGCCCGGCCGAAUUGUGGUUGGGCAUCGCCGUCGCUCCGUUGAUUGUCUUGAUGGGCGGCGCGGAAAAGUUCCGAUCCGACCCGGCCUCUGCGCCGUCUGGAUUUGUCCCGUUCAAGGGCUCGUUCACCGGCAAGGACUUUGCCAAGUUGGACCCGAUCAACCCGGGCGGACCGUUGGACUUUUACAACGUCGCGGCCACCCCGCAAGAUUUGGAAAUCUUGAAGGUUAAGGAGAUUAAGAACGGCCGAUUGGCGAUGAUCGCCAUGUUGGGUGUCUUCGUCCAAGGUGCGACGACUGGCGAAGGGCCAGCGGCGAACUGGGGUAAGCACGUCGCCGAUCCGUUUGGCUACAACUUUGUCACCUUGAACGCCGUCGACCGUACUCCGGUGCUCUAA